CGGAGUCCGGUUGUGGUGGUGCUGGGGGCGGGGGGGUGGGGUCUAGGGCAGCAUCCCAAACACAGUGACAGGUGGCCAAGGACCGGAGGUUAAGAGCUGCCUCUCUAGCGGAAGUCAGGCCCCUGAGCACUGGGUCAUCUGCUGCUGGGGUGGGGGCCCCAGCCUCCCUGUUUUCUCCUAUCUCUGUACCAAGUGGAGCCACAAAGAAGGAGCAACACAAGCAAGAAAAAUCAGACCGUGAAAGGUUUCUGAGAAUUUCUGAACCAUCUGGAAGAGGUUCAGGACCUGUUCUCCCUUCUGGAAAGGUAAAGAAUCUGCCCCCUUCUCCCCUGGGUGGGCCUUCCUGAGUCUACGGUGUGACCCCUGGGCUGCAGAGAAUAGCCUCUGGGGCUGUUUGUGGGGACCGGGAGGAGGGGUACAGACUGUGACCAAAGCCCCGGGCUGAGGGACAGCAGGAACAUUGGCAAAUUGACAAAGGCAACAAAGGCAAAUUGACAAAGGUCUGUCUCUAGCAUGGUGAGCGGGUAGCAAUGUCAGGCCUGGGAGGGCAGAGGGAUGACAGAGCUACAGGGCUAGCGGUGGAGAGGGGAUGUGGUCCUGCUACUUGUGUCCCUCCUUACCUGUCCUCAAGGGCCCUUUGUGACCAGACCACAGCUCUGUGAUGUGGGCAUGGGGCUUGUGUCUGCAUGGACACACCCAGGGCUCAGUUGCCAGAGGGCAGCCAUGUAAUCGGUCCCUAACUCUCAGGGCUCAGUUACCUGAGGGUAGCAAUGCGAUUGGACAUUAAAACUUUUUAGAGGGAAGAGAUGGAGAAUUAUCUCUUCCCUCAGGAAUUCCUUACUGAUGGUUGGCUGAGCCCCAGUCCCACUCGCUGGGCAGUUAAUGCCAACUUUGCCUUUGUGUGUGGACUAGGGCUUUUCGUCUUCUUACACUCUUAUUUCCAGCCUGAUCCAUCCUCAGCACGAGGCAAGAAACACAGGAAGAGCAGGAAGGUAAGGAACCCUCAUCCCAGACCCAGCAGACUGUAACUCGAUCAUCUUUUCUAUUAUUCUUUCCACUUUUCCGAGUCACUGGAGAGACUCACAAAAUGGGAAAGAAUAGAAUGGGUAUUCUCAGGAAAGAGAAGACCACCAUCCAUUCAAGACAAGCCAGACCAGGCAAGGGUUAGAGGGACAUGAGGAUUUCUCCCUGAAGAUCUCCAGCCGGAGUCCGGUUGUGGUGGUGGGGGGGGUGGGGUCUAGGGCAGCAUCCCAAACACAGUGACAGGUGGCCAAGGACCGGAGGUUAAGAGCCGCCUCUCUAGCGGAAGUCAGGCCCCUGAGCACUGGGUCAUCUGCUGCUGGGGUGGGGGCCCCAGCCUCCCUGUUUUCUCCUAUCUCUGUACCAAGUGGAGCCACAAAGGAGGAGCAACACAAGCAAGAAAAAUCAGACCGUGAAAGGUUUCUGAGAAUUUCUGAACCAUCUGGAAGAGGUUCAGGACCUGUUCUCCCUUCUGGAAAGCCUGAUCCAUCAUCAGCAUGAGGUAAGAAACACAGAAAGAGCAGGAAGGUAAGGAACCCUCAUCCCAGACCCAGCAGACUGUAACUCGAUCAUCUUUUCUAUUAUUCUUUCCACUUUUCCGAGUCACUGGAGAGACUCACAAAAUGGGAAAGAAUAGAAUGGGUAUUCUCAGGAAAGAGAAGACCACCAUCCAUUCAAGACAAGCCAGACCAGGCAAGGGUUAGAGGGACAUGAGGAUUUCUCCCUGAAGAUCUCCAGCCGGAGUCCGGUUGUGGUGGUGGGGGGGGUGGGGUCUAGGGCAGCAUCCCAAACACAGUGACAGGUGGCCAAGCACCGGAGGUUAAGAGCUGCCUCUCUAGCGGAAGUCAGGCCCCUGAGUACUGGGUCAUCUGCUGCUGGGGUGGGGGCCCCAGCCUCCCUGUUUUCUCCUAUCUCUGUACCAAGUGGAGCCACAAAGAAGGAGCAACACAAGCAAGAAAAAUCAGACCGUGAAAGGUUUCUGAGAAUUUCUGAACCAUCUGGAAGAGGUUCAGGACCUGUUCUCCCUUCUGGAAAGCCACCUGGAGAGGCUCUCUGACCAGGGUGGCUUUCACCAGUUCUUACAUCAAGCAGCCCCUGAGUAGGUGCACCAAGGUGUGCCAGUUGGAGCCCAUCAGCCAUGCAGGGAGCCUCUGGAAGAUGCUACUCCCGCUCUCGUGCCAUCACCUGCCUUAACUCCAGUGAUGGGAUCCCCUCGGCCUCUGGCCUCCACCCUGUUAGCAGGACCAAUGACCUCCUCAAUUUCCAUUGCUUCACACUCCUUCCUGACUUCUUCCUGGCUAGGAGAGCCUUUCUCCCCCGGGAUGGCUUUCCACACCAGCCACUUGCUCUUCCCCCUUCCCCACCAUGUCUCUCUCUUUCAGAGACCUCUCCUGAGCCUCUGAUAGCCUCCUUGGCCCCAGAGUGGGGGGCAAGUCACACUCUCCCUCAGUGUGACUCAAGGGCACCCCUGCCAUGCGUCAUCCCACAGAGCUCUGCUCUACACAUGCCUUGGUCAGCUGACAGGUCAACUUCUCCUGUCCCAGCCAUCUCAGGCCUGGGCCGCUCACACUGCUCCAUUCCGGCCCUGUCCUGGUGGCAGGCAGCUGCCAAUGCCUGGAACCUGUCCACUUCAACACGCUUGGAGUCCUAUCAAGUGCCUCUGUCCCAUGGCCCACCAGUCGCCUUGUUCUGGGGAGACCCCACACAUAGGAAGAGACUAGGAUCCCCCUCUUCCAUCAGCCUGGACAUCCAGAAGCUUAUGGAAUUACUCAUUGCCAAGAGAAAAGAACUGAGGUCUUGGAGGGAGAAGGACAAGAAAGAAAGGUCAAAAUACCAGUUGACCUCUUCCUGUGAGAAUGUUCAAGUCCCCAGGUGAUGGGCAGGACACCAUGGGCCGCCCGUCCUUCUGGAGCAUGAGGGGCAAAGCAAAACAGCUGCUUGGUCCUGAGAAGCCCCCACAUCCCAAGAUUCCAAGAGACAAUUUAGAGCAGAAAUGCCUCUAGCUCUUCUGGGGUCUCCCCUUUCUGCACAGCGAGUCCCUGGAGGCCACUAUCAGGGUGACCGAUCCCCCACUGGAGUUCCCGUCUGUCAUAUUCAAUGAGCUCUCUCAUGCCCUGCCACUCCAGAUUCAGGGCAACAUGGCUCCAUGCCUCUCCCUGACCCAAGACUUAAAUGACCCUUUGGCACAGCCCCAACCCUUGACCCUGAGAUUGUCCCAUACCCUGCCCCUUCCUCCAUCUCAGCCCCAACCCCUCCCUUUGACUCAGCCCCAGCCCCUCCCUCUGUAUCAGUCCAUGCCCCAGCCCCUCCGACUCAGCCCCAGCCCCUCCCACUGGACCCCAACCCUUGACCCUGAGAUUGUCCCAUACCCUGCCCCUUCCUCCAUCUCAGCCCCAACCCCUCCCUCUGACUCAGCCCCAACCCCUCCCUCUGGAUCAGUCCCAGCUCCCACCUCUAACUGAGCCCCAGAUGCAGGUAGGCCUUACACCCUCUGUCCCAGUUGGAAGCUCCUCUCUUCCACCCGAGAUGUGGAAGUAUGAGGUGUCUUGCCCUAUAGCCCAGAAGACACUGUCUUACAUGCCAACUACUUUUCAAAACCUGGAAUGUUGAAAAGAUCUCAGCAAGUCUUUACCCAAGGUCCUCCUGGCCUUCUGCAGGGUGAGGGCCAUGGGUCAGUCUCUAUCCUUCCUGGAGAAUUGAUCGACUCUGAGCUCUGGGAGCAACCGGAUUGACACCUUUGGAAGAGGCUCAUGAAGCAAGGAAGGGGCCCAUCCUGCAGGAUCCAGCUAUCCCUAGAGAUACAGCCUCACCAAGAGUUCCAGAAGGUGCCCCAGGCGCACAGCUGGCACAGUCCCAAGGCUGAGUCUGAGUCUACGAAUGGAAGCUGCCAGGCCACACAGAAGACUGGGUCCAGGUACUCAGGAAGGACCGUGCCAGGAAAAAGAGUGGGCAUGGAUUCAAGGUCCAGUGCAGGGAGGAUCCAGAAAGAUCUACACAAGGGCUCAGCGAGCUCUCCAGAGAAGGCUCCAGGAAGAAAUCUUGAGGUGUCAGACACAGACAUGAAGCCCUCCACAAGCAGUACAGAUGAGAAGCACCUAGAGAAGGACCUGAGAGCCCAUUUCAGAAAGUUGGGGCAGUUCAGAGAGGGUCAGAUGCCUUUGGAUGUUCAUCUUUCCAGGCUUUCUGGCCACCAUGCCUCGGACCUUCCUGGAAAGCCGAGCCCUCCUACGACUUUUCCAUCCUCAGUCCAUAUGCUCAGCGGAUGCUAAAAGCACAUAUCAAAAGGCUCAGGGUGAAGCACCGUUGGGGCCUCCCCCUCAAGGUUCUCAACACUAUAAACCUCUUCAAGUUGAAGAAGGGCUUCCUCUUCUUCCAGUCCUUCCCUUCCCGCUCAGCCACCUGCAUAUCCAAGGCUGGCUUAGGCACCAAGUUCGUGGGAAAUCCUUCUCAGUCCUAUCAAGGAGAGGUGAUGAAAGAGUCUUAUCCCACCUGGGGGGGGGGUCCCCUUGGUGCUCCCCAGCUUACAUGUGAGGAAAUCCAGCAGGCUCUGGAAGGGAACUCACCUGGGGGUGGCCCUCUAGCUGGACAGGGGCCCAGGCCACCUUCUCGGACCUUCACAUACAGCUUUGUGGGCAGAAUCUGGCACAAUGAGACUGCCUCUAAAAUACUUAUGAACAGCAACUUGGAGUCAAGUCCAAGUCCAGCAAUGGCCACAAAGGAGCUAAGGAGGGUGAAUGGGGGUCUGGCCUCAUGGGACAUGACCAUGCCAGAGCUCAACUUAGAGCCCCAGAAUCUGAGUGCCAAAGAGCCUGGGGAGGUGGGGGAGUUCAAGGAGGCCCCUGCCUGGGGAGUCACCUUAGAAUCCUGUGUGCUGGCCAACAACCAAGGCCUCCGUGGCAAGCUGAGAAGUUCAGGGUCUUCAGGGAAAAGUGACAGUCCCUUGCAAUGUACAAAGUUGAGGCAGAGGACUGGAAGAUUCCCUUCAAAAGGGCAAGGCUUCAUCAUCCCUGGCAGGUCAGCCAUGGACAGCACUUCUGCGGAGGCUCAGGUGGUCGUGAGGGCUGUUGGGCGUAUUGUAGAGGAGAAAAUGUUGCCUUACCAGGGACUCAGGGUCCUGGAGGUCGGCUGGUGCAAAAAGGAUCUCCAGGCUUCGGCAGACCCCGAUGUCUGCUACCACAGGGUUCUCUCCUACCAAGAGCAGAGGAGAGUCAUGAGGGAGACAGCAAGUCCACAGGGCACCCCCAGGGGCCACAACUAUACCAACAAGACUGAGUGGAUCGGGUGGCCCUUCCCCACCAGGGUGCCAGAGUGCCCGAGCAGACCCUGCCAGAAUGAGGUCCCUGGUGCUGGGUCCUUCAGGCCCUACCCUGCAGGCCCAUUGACCCAGGCAGUUCACCUGGCCAACCAGUGUGUGCUUCUCAUGCCUUUCCCAGCAGGACAACUUUCUUCCAAGAAAAAACACAAACGGUGCAGAUAAAAACUUUUUUUCCUCACGUUAGUACAUCAUCUACGGUCUAAUGGCUUCUUCAUACCACAGUUACUUAGCUUCCCCAAAAUAAUUUUAUUUUUUUUUUCCCUCAUGAGUGGCACUGGCCUCUGUGUGUGGCACUGGCCUCUGUGUGUGCCCUGCUGCAUUGGGAGGGAAGGAUCAGGGUCUGCUCUCCCUGAGGACGUGUUUUGGCUUCCAGAAUGAAUGGGGCCUUGGAGGACGGUUUAUCUCGGGGGUCCACCCUGCUCCCUUCCUCCCUCUCCUUCAGUUUCCAUGAAAAGGUGAACAAGACCCAGACCAGGACCUCGCUCUACACAUCCUUUCCUGCUUUCCCUCCACCUGGAGCUUGUGUGGCUUUAGGGAGGGUUUGCCAAGGCAGAAAUCCUGCGUAGGCUUUAGGAAGAUGGAAUCCUAGGUCAGAGUGGGGCCCGCAGUUGGGAGACACAAGGCUGGCCUUGAGGGCAGAGGUGAGAAAUCCUGCCCCACCCCCCACAGUCUCCUGCAGCGAGUAGAGGAGGGCCACCCCAGGAGCCUUCUCACCCCAGGGAGUCCCAUCUUAGCUCCCUCAGCCUCUGUUCUCACACAGAGUUGCAAGGCACAAACUUGAACCUGGUGUUGAGGGUGUGUGGGGCCUGCCACAGAAAUCACCAGGGACCCACAUUCCCAGACCCAGGGCACUGAAGGGGCCUGACCACCAGCACCCUCUUCCCCUCUUGGGGGAUUGAGGGAGUGUGGCUGUGGGCAGGGGUCCCUAUACUUAGGGUGGGAUGCCAGGAAGGAGGUCAAGUGACAGAGUGUGCCCAUGCCUGAUAUGAGGACUGAAGACCCUUGGUUUCCCACUGCCACCUAUGGGCCCAGAGGGGAGAAGUUAGAGGUCCUGCGGGGACAGUCUACGCCCCACUGCAGCUGCCAAUUCCAGGGGUGGGGGGGUUGGGGGAGUGGUGUGGGGGUUGUACAGAAGCCACGCAAGCUACUACACAAACUGCCAGGUGCCCAGAGGCAGCAAGGCCUUCAGGCAGAGAAGUUAAUUUCUGCAUAAUCUGAUAAGCUUGUAG